AUGAUCCAAAAGCUCAAUGUCGCAUGUGCGGGACUUGGCCGAAUGGGCGCGAGACACGCUCUGCAUUUUCUAGAGAAAACUCCUCGAGCAGAGCUGGUAGCCGCAUAUUGCCCCGCUGAGGCUGAAUCUGAAAUCACAUGGUUCAAUCAACGUCUUGCUCCAUUUGGAGUGAAGCUCUACAAUGAUUAUGACGAGAUGCUCAAGCACCCCAAGCUCCAGGCUGUCGUAGUGGCAACUGUCACGACUGUUCACGCCGAGCAAGCUAUCAAGGCCAUCGAGGCAGACAAGCAUGUCCUUUGCGAGAAGCCGUUGAGCACAAGCGUAGAGAUUUCACAAUCUGUGGUCGACGCCGCAAACAAGAAGCCUCACCUCAAAGUCAUGUGUGGCUUUUCUCGCCGAUUUGACGCUUCUUACCGCGAUGCAUGGAACAGGAUGGACAACGGAUCCAUAGGCCGAGCUUCUGUCCUCCGAUCUCAGACAUGUGAUAAACUCGACCCUUCCGGAUUCUUUGUCGAAUACGCACAAUUUUCGGGCGGCAUCUUUGUCGACUGCAACAUCCACGAUAUCGAUCUCGCGCUGUGGUACUUUGGGCAGGACAGUAUUGUCAAGAGCACAUAUGCAGUAGGAAUCACCGCCGUCCAGCCCGAUCUCCGCAAGUACAAGGACGUGGACAAUGGUGUCGGCGUUGUCGAGUUCUGGGGAGGCAAGAUCGCAUACUUUUACAGUAGUAGGAUCAUGGCAGCUGGUCAGCAUGAUAUGACCGAGAUCAUCGGCACAGAAGGGAAACUGACGGUCAAUGCCAAUCCCCUAGGGACUUUGGUUGAGAUGUCGGAGGCAAGUGGUGUCAGAAGAGAAAUCCCACCGCAUUACUACGGUCGUUUCGCCGAAGCUUUCGUCACGGAGGCCACCGAGUUCACUGCCGCUUGUUUGGACAGUACCAAGCUGCCAUUCAAGCUUACCGGAGCUGUUCAAGCGGUGAAGAUUGGCUGUGCUCUGCAAGAAAGUCUGAACAGUGGCAAGAAGAUCGAAUUCGAUGAGACCGGAAGACGCAUCGAGAAGGCUGCUCUUUGA